AUGAGUAACACGCUCAUCUGGGCGGGUUCCGCCUCUAUGCUUGUGUGUGUUGUAGUUGCACUCUACACAAUGAUGGGACUUCUUUCCGAUAUCCAACAACUUCAAUCGGAUUUCGAUGAUGAGAUGUUCGAGUUCCGAGCUAUCACAAAAGACACGUGGCAGAGAAUCGUCAACAAGCACAUGCAUCCACAAGGAGUUGAUACUGAUUCAAUUCCUACUCCACCAACUUUCGAGACUCUUUUCGGAGUACGCAAAGCUCGUCAAGCUUUCCCAGAACAAUGUAACUGCGGACCAAAAUCCGAGGGAUGCCCAGCCGGACCACCAGGACCUCCAGGAGAGGCAGGACAACGUGGAGAACCAGGAAAUAAUGGAGAUGAUGGCAAACCAGGAGCUCCAGGUGUCAUUGUUGCCAUCACUCACGAUAUUCCUGGAGGAUGUAUCAAAUGCCCACCAGGACGUCCAGGACCACGUGGACCACCAGGGCUUGUCGGACCAGCUGGACCAGCCGGAGGACAAGGAAGACACGGACCACCAGGACCACUAGGAGGACAAGGAGGACCAGGAGAGCAAGGAGACGCUGGAAGACCAGGAUCAGCAGGGCGUCCAGGACCACAAGGACCACGUGGAGAGCCAGGAACAGAGUACAGACCAGGACAACCAGGAAGAAUCGGACCACCAGGACCACGCGGACCACCUGGACCAGAAGGAAAUCCAGGAGGAGCAGGAUCCGAUGGAAAUCAAGGACCACAAGGACAUCCAGGUGUUCCAGGAAGACCAGGAAUUCCAGGUAAGAGUGGAACUUGCGGAGAACACGGAUCUCCAGGAGAACCAGGACCAGAUGCCGGAUAUUGUCCAUGUCCAGGACGCAGUUAUAAAGCUUAA